GCCUCCUUGCGAGUAUCUGCUCUCGUCCUAUAGUAAAUAGCAGCAGGAGAGAAGGAAAACGAGUCACGUAAAAGCGGCGGUGACGUCAUAUGUGUGCGACACUUAAGGAAGUGACUAACAGAAGCCAACGUGGGAGGACCAGGGCGCUGGAUUGACAAUGGAUUACAUUUCACAUCCUGGGACUCUGACAUUGGCAGCGGGAAUAGCAUGUGGCGUCUUUCUAGGCUGGAGUCUGCGUGGCCGCUUUGGACGGUCCCGAAACCUCACAAGCAUUGCAGGAAAUGACUUGGGCAGUGAAGCAAGCAUUAUGGGAGAGAGUGGCGAGUUCAAGAUGGUGUUAGUAGUCCGUAACGAUUUGAAAAUGGGAAAAGGAAAAGUGGCGGCACAGUGUUCACAUGCUGCAGUAUCUGCCUACAAGCAGCUCCAAAAAAGAAACCCAGAAUUACUCAGGCAAUGGGAGUACUGCGGCCAGCCAAAAGUAGUGGUGAAGGCUCCAGACGAGGGCGCACUCGUUGAACUUCUCUCUCAGGCAAAACAACUGGGAUUAACCAUUAGUUUGAUUCAGGAUGCUGGUCGUACACAGAUUGCACCCGGAUCUCGAACAGUCCUAGGCGUGGGACCAGGUCCUGGCAACUUGAUUGAUCAAGUGACUGGGCAUUUAAAACUCUAUUGAUGUUACCAUACAUUCUUUGAUGAAUAUAGUGUCUGGCAGACCAGCUACGUAUUUACUUUGUUGAAUUUUACAUUAAAAAGAUCUCAGUUGGUUUGCUAUGGCAUAUAUGUUGUGGCCAUCUUCUUUCUCCCUCUCCCUGACCUUCUUUCUUUCUAGCAGUUGUCAUCUCAGUUUUGAGUAAGUAUUA